AUGUCCAACAACGAGGAGGAUCUGAUCGACUACUCCGACGAGGAGCUCCAGGCCCCAGCUGCGCCUGCCGCAGCAGCUCCCGCUGCUGGCAACGGUGACGCCGAUAAGGAGGGCGAGCUCACCGUGUCCGGUCGCGGUGGCGACAAGAAGGGUAGCUACGUCGGCAUCCACUCCACCGGUUUCCGUGAUUUCCUGCUCAAGGGAGAGCUUUUGCGCGCCAUCACCGACUGCGGUUUCGAACAUCCUUCGGAGGUCCAACAAGUUUGCAUUCCCACGGCAAUUCUGAACGUCGAUGUUCUCUGCCAGGCCAAGUCCGGUCUCGGAAAGACCGCAGUCUUUGUCCUGACCACCUUGCACCAGCUUGAGCCCGUUCCUGGCGAAUGUUCUAUCCUGGUUAUGUGCCACACCCGUGAAUUGGCCUACCAGAUCAAGAACGAAUACGCGCGUUUCUCCAAGUACCUUCCCGAUGUCAAGACCGCUGUCUUCUACGGUGGUACCCCUAUGCAGAAGGAUAUCGAGAUCCUGUCGAACAAGGAUACCCACCCUAACAUUGUUGUCGCCACCCCCGGUCGUCUCAAUGCCUUGGUCCGCGACAAGAAGCUUUCUCUGCGCAACGUGAAGGCAUUCGUUCUUGAUGAGUGUGACAAGAUGCUUGACCAAAUUGACAUGCGCCGCGAUGUUCAGGAGAUCUUCCGCGCUACUCCUGCCGACAAGCAGGUUAUGAUGUUCAGCGCUACUCUUUCCAAUGAAAUCCGCCCUAUCUGCAAGAAGUUCAUGCGCAACCCUCUGGAAGUCUACGUCGAUGACGACACCAAGCUCACUCUGCACGGUCUUCAGCAGUACUACAUCAAGCUGAGUGAGGCUGAGAAGAACCGCAAGCUCAACGACCUCCUCGACAACCUCGAGUUCAACCAGGUCAUCAUCUUCGUUAAGAGCACCCUGCGCGCUAACGAGCUGGACAAGCUUUUGCGCGAGUGCAACUUCCCCAGCAUUGCUGUUCACUCUGGUGUCAGCCAGGAGGAGCGUAUCAAACGCUACAAGGAAUUCAAGGAGUUCAACAAGCGUAUCUGUGUCGCCACCGAUGUGUUCGGUCGUGGUAUCGAUAUCGAGCGUAUCAACUUGGCCAUCAACUACGACUUGCCUGCUGAUGCUGACUCGUACCUGCACCGCGUCGGUCGUGCCGGUCGUUUCGGUACCAAGGGUCUGUCCAUCUCAUUUGUCAGCACCGAAGAGGAUGAGAAGGUCCUUAAGGACAUCGAGAAGCGCUUCGAGGUCGCUCUUCCUGAGUACCCCGAAGGUGGUGUCGAUUCUACCACCUAUAUGGCUUAA